AUGCGCUCUAGCAAACGUUCUGUGACGGAUCGUCCGCGCUGGAAGCUGAGUGCACGCGCACGCCGUGAACUCGAGGUUCAAGCUAACGUACAAUUUCGCAGCAUCGUUCGCCGAGCCGCACAUCGCAUGGAUGUCGCGCUCGUAGAUCAGCUUCGUCUAGAGUGCGAGCUUCACGGUGUCCAACUCAUAGGCCCACGCCUCCAAUAUCGUGCCCAUGAUCCCAACCGCGGCCGGUACUAUGUCGUCUCCUCGGCACCGUAUCCUGGCCGUAAACGCAAGAUGUUUCGUUACGUGUCUGGCCCGCUCCCGGCUCUCAAGAUUCAAGAACUAGAAGACGCUCGCAUCGCGCGAGAAUUGCAAGACGAAGGAUUGCGGCCUGUUCACCUUGGCAUGGCUGUACGAACUUGUUCAUCCUCAUUGUUGACGUCGCUCAUGUUUAUCGUCGCACAGCACAUGCCCCUCGGACACAAUGCAUUCAUGCGCGCACUUGGCUUAGACGUGAGUGCGCGAACCCGCGGCGCCAGCCGCGUCACGACCGCGCCUCGUCCCCUUCGCCGCCUGAACCCCGUCGGCGGCCAACACAUCCGCGUGCGAGUUCAAUCUCCGCCUCGUACCCGCAGCGCCAGCAUUGAGAUCGUGGGCCAGCGUCGUGCACGCAGCCCGAGCAUUGAGAUCGUGGACGCACCGCCAGUUGUGGUAGUGGACCUCACACAAGAGCCUCUAUUCCUUCGAGUCAAGUUCUACGACACCGACGGCGCCGCGCCUAAAGAGCUCUUGCUAGAGCAGUCCUUUCCGGGCGCGCCUUAUAGACUUUCGGAGUACGCGCCCCAGUUCAACUCCAUCGAUGUCAAGCUUUCCGACUCCGCGAUGCUACUAAUGGGCUCACAAUUCGGUCCAUCCUGGCGCGGCGCUACGAUAGGCGACCUUGGCUUUCCUCCGACGGCUCGACGUGUUGUCAUUGCCCGCCGCCUAUUGCAUUCCUCUCUGGGCGAUAACGUUGCCCGCCUCCACGACUCUGUGCACCACGCCGAGGGUUGGGGCUACAAAGGACUCGUUCUUACGGCCCCUAUAGAGAUUGACUAG